AAUAUGUACAAGGAAGAUUUCAGGAACAUGACUGAAGAGACUGGGAACAGCAGUGACUCCUCCUCAGCCUUCAUUCACACCAGCACCAUGAGUACCAUACUGAUUACUGUCUACUCAGUUGCCUUUGUUGGAGGUGGAAUUGGGUCCAUCACAAUGUCAUUUGUGCUGUUCAGUAUGAACACUCUGUCUGUGACCACUACUGCCAUCAUUAACCUGGUUGUUGUGCAUAGUCUCCUCCUCUUCACGAUGCCCUUCCGCAUCCACUAUUAUGUCAACAAGAAGUGGGUAUUCAAGAUGCCAUUUUGCAAAAUGGUGAGUGCAAUGGUGCACAUCCACAUGUACCUGACCUUCCUAUUUUAUGUGAUCACUCUGGUCAUCCGGUGGCUGAUCUUCUUUCAAUGGAAGGACAAAGUAGAGUUUUAUAGGAAGCUGCAUGCGGUUGCGGCAAGUGCUGCCGUGUGGGUCGUUGUCAUCAUCUUUGUGGUGCCUGUUUUUCACUUCCGGUAUGGACACUCAGGCUCAUACAAUGAUACAACAUGCUUCAAGUUCCACAAAGAACUACAACGGGAGAGCGUGAAAGCCCUAAACUACAUCCUAAUUGUAGCUGUUGCCUGCAUUUCCUGUGUCCUCUUGGGCCUGCAGAUUUUUAUCCUGGUAAAAGUGGCAAGGAAACUUUCCACCUCUUUCUGGUCACACCAAGAGUUCUGGGCCCAGGUGAAAAACUUGAUUUUCAUCUGGGUCAUCAUAAUUUGCUUCCUUCCCUAUCACCUCUUUAGGGCCUACUACGUACAACAUAUUAGGGAUUUUGGCCAGUUAGAAAGCUACAAUGAGGUUUUUUUGAGCCUGACUGCCCUGAGCUGUCUGGACCUGCUGUCAUUUGUGCUGAGUGGAAGCCGCUUAUUCAAGCAAAAGGUAGGGAUGCUCAGCAGCAGGUUGCGUUGCUGCUAG